CACAGACUUGGUGGUUGAACGUCUCUCCAGGAACUGACGUAGACAAGAGUUUGAAAAUGACAAGCAAGACUUCCAUUCUUCUAACACUUGGUGUUGCUGUUGUUUUCUUUUGUGCAGUGUCACAUACGGUACCUGUAGGCACAGAAGAUUCUCAAGCUCUUCUUUCACAGAAGAGCAAUGAGUCAUUAUCCUCAUCAGUGGAAGAUAAUUCUGGAGACAGCAAUGAAACAUCUGAAGAGGAGAGUAAAGAUGACGUAGAAAGUAAAAUAGUGAAGCGUGAUGCCGACAAGGUUGGGACCGAAAAGGCAAAGAAUGAAACAAACACGGAAAAGAAGGCCAAGCGUCAAGGUGGUGGCAAGAAUAAGGACAACAGUAGCGAGGAGAGUAAGGAAAAGGGGAAGGGGAAGGGUAACAAGAAAGGUAAAGAUGGAGGCAAAGGAAAGGGUAAAGGUCAAGGCGACGGAAACGGAAACGGCAAGGGUGAAGAAAAGAGCAAAGGAAAAAGUCAAGGACAUAAAAACGGCAAGGGGCAUGGUAAAAAGGCGGAGAACAACGAAGGAAAUAAGAAUUCAACCAACGCUAAAAACUGCAAAGGAAAAGAAUGCAAGCAAAACGGUAAAGGUCAAGGAAAGGGAGAAGAAAAGAGCAAGGGUAAAAGCAAAGGUCAGGAGAAAGGAAAGGGUAACGCUAAAGGGAACGACAACCACAAAGGAAAAGACAAGCGCGAUGCUGAAAAAGUAGUCAAAGAGAAUGAAAAGCCCAAGAAUGAAACCAACUCUAAAAACUGCACAGGGAAAGAGUGCAAAGAAAACGGCAAAGGCCACGGUAAAGGUAAUGGUAAAGGAGAGGGCAAAGACAAAGGAAAUGGUAAAGGUCAAGGUAACGGAAAUGGACACAGUAAGGGAGAAGAAAAAAGUAAAGGUAAAAGUCAAGGACAAGAAAACGGCAAAGGUAACAAUAAAAAUAAAGAUGGAGGCAAAGGAAAUGGCAAAGGUCAAGGUAACGGAAACGGACACAGUAAGGGAGAAGAAAAUAGCAAAGGAAAAAGUAAAGGAAACGAGAACGGCAAGGGAAAGGAUAAAAAAGAGGACGACAACAAAGGAAUAGAGAAGCGAGAUACUGCUAAUGCCCUAGAGGAGGUUGAAAAUAAUGAUCAGGCCAAGAACAAAACAAACUCUAAAAAUUGCAAAGGAAAAGAAUGCAAGAAAAACGGUAAGGGUGAAGAAAAGAGCAAAGGUAAAAGUAAAGGACUAGAAAACGGCAAAGGUCACAAAAAAGAUAAAGAUGGAGGCAAAGGAAAGGGUAAAGGUGAAGGUAACGGAAACGGACAAGGCAAGGGUGAAGAGAAGAGCAAAGGUAAAAGUCAAGGACAAAAAAACGGCAAAGGUCACAAUAAAGAUAAAGAAGGAGGCAAAGGAAAGGGUAAAGGUCAAGGUAACGGAAACGGAAACGGACAAGGCAAGGGUGAAGAGAAGAGCAAAGGUAAAAGUCAAGGACAAAAAAACGGCAAAGGUCACAAUAAAGAUAAAGAAGGAGGCAAAGGAAAGGGUAAAGGUCAAGGUAACGGAAACGGACACGGCAAGGGUGAAGAGAAGAGCAAAGGUAAAAGUCAAGGUGACAAGAACGGAAAGGGGCAGGGUAAAAAGAACAGGAACAAAGAUGAGAGCAACACAACUGCUGCACCAGGAGGCAUUUUAACAACGUUGGCCAACUAGCUUACGGGGAGCGUCUAAAUCACCUGGUCAGUCAAGAAGAAAAACAGAAAUGCUGAAAAUAAAUUUUGUUUUUGGAUUAUUUGGUCUCUAAAAAUUAAAUAAAUUUCAAAUUCCCUUUAA